CUCUGCCAAAUUACCCCCUCUAACUUUUUAAAGGGAACUACGGUGAUUUAGAAAUUGUUUUAAACAACACUUAAAUAGGCCAGCUACAAAGGGCCUAUGCGACAUUUCAACCGGACCCUUCAUUAUUGUCUCACAUUGCCAAAUCUGCUCCUACGCUCGCAUGCCAAGAUUUUAGUUUUUUCCCUGGAAUGUUUUGGAACUCUGUAACUGCAAUGGUGAAACUGGGAUGGGUGGAGGCUAUGACAAAAACUUUCCAUAGGCUAUAAAGAAACAAAUCUUGUCAGCCAAUCGGAUCCCUCAACCCACAUGCAUUUGCACACACCCUUCUUCUCUCAUUGUGUCCCAGCCUUCUUAUGUAUCACACUGUCGAUGAUAAACCAGGGAUAGACCACCAUGGCUAGUCCAGCACCAGCAUGCUGCAAAACCCCUUCCAGUCCAGAGGGGGGAGUGGCGGAGACCCAAACGACAAAGCGCUUCAUCACGGACAACUAUGAGCUAAGCAAGGAAGAGCUAGAUGGUCUCAUGAAGGAAGGAGAAGAAGAGCGUCCCUUCCUGGUGGUCCAUCAUCUGCUGGAUGUAAAAGAGGCAGGUGUGCCGGUAUUAUUGCCUGGGACCCAGGUCAUAUGCAGAGUGGACAGCACUGAGAGAUACACCACACGCUCCAAGGUCAGUGUGUGCUCUCUGUACACUGUGAAGCUGACCCAUGGCAAGUUCACCUGGACGGUCAAGAGGAAAUACAAGCACUUCCAGGAGCUGCAUCGUGACCUCUACAAGCACAAGAUGAUGGCUCACUUCCUGCCUCUGGGAAGAUUUGCAGCCCAGAGAGCGCAGCUGAGGGCUAUGACAGAGGAGAUGCCAAGUCUACACGGCACUGAGAGGAUGAGACAAACCUCCAGUAAACCGAAAUACCUUGAAGAAUAUCUAAAUGGCCUUCUGGAGAAUUCAUUUUGUAAGAACUUCCACGGCAUGCUGGAAUUCCUUGAUGUCAGUGCUCUCUCUUUUGUCAGUGAGCUUGGACCCAAAGGCCUGGAGGGUUCCAUCUUCAAAAGGUCAGGAGGUCAUCGUAUCCAGGGGCUGAACUGUAUUGGUCAUCACCAGUUCUGCUUCCGCUGGUCAAAGCGCUGGCUGGUGGUCAAGGAUUCCUUCCUGCUCUAUAUGAACCGGGAAAAUGGGGUCGUCUGCUUUGUACUGGUCUUUGACCCAGAGUUCAAAGUUCAAGUGGGCCGUGCAUACACUGAUACCAAGUAUGGGGUCUGUAUUCAGAACUUCACCAGGAAUCUGGUCAUCAAGUGUAACAGCUACAGACAGGCUCACUGGUGGAGCCAUGAGAUCAAUAGGCUGGCUGAGCCUUGUGAAUUCCUCCAGGUCCAACGCUUUGGGGGCUUUGCCCCGCCACGGGAGAACACACUCACUAAAUGGUAUGUAAAUGGCAGUGGCUACUUUGCAGACCUGGCUGAUGCUCUGGAGCAGGCCAAGGAGGAGAUCUUCAUCACAGACUGGUGGCUCAGUCCAGAGGUUUUCCUGAAGAGGCCAGCUACAGGAACAUACUGGCGUCUGGACCAGAUCCUCAAACGCAAAGCAGAACAAGGUGUCAAAGUGUGUGUGCUUCUGUACAAGGAGGUGGAGAUGGCACUGGGUAUAAACAGUGGCCACAGCAAGAAGACACUGAUGGACAUGCACCCCAACAUCAAGGUGAUGCGACACCCCAACCACAUGUCCGCUGUGGUAUUUUUCUGGGCCCAUCAUGAGAAGAUGGUGGCCAUCGACCAAUCAGUGGCCUUCGUUGGAGGCUUGGACCUGGCCUUUGGGAGAUGGGACGACAGCCAGUACCGGUUGACUGAUAUAGUUCCCACAGAGACAGCCAAUCACAUCUCUGAAGAAGUGCCAAAGGCUCCAAUUUCUGAGCCAGAGGCAGCUGAUUCAGGUGACCAAGUGGAUGGGUCAAACUCAGCCCAGGAUCCAAAGCCUCCAGAGCCGGAAGAGGUCAAUGCUGAGGAUCUGAAGAACAACACCCAGCUGUGGCUUGGCAAGGACUACAGCAACUUCAUCAAGAGAGACUGGGUCCAACUGGACCGCCCAUUUGAAGACAACAUUGACCGCACUGAGGUGCCCCGUAUGCCGUGGCGUGACCUGUCUGCUGCCCUCCAUGGCAAAGCUGCCAGGGACGUGGCCCGCCACUUCAUCCAGCGCUGGAACUUUGCCAAGAUCUUUAAGUACAAGAACAUUAGAAGCACGUUUUUCCCAUGCCUUCUUCCCAAGUCUCACAGUACUGCUGAUGCACUGCCAUUCACUGUGCCUGGCUCUGGGAAGGCCUCCGUGCAGGUGUUGCGUUCUGUGGAUCGCUGGUCCGCCGGAACUUGUGACAACUCUAUCCUCAAUGCCUACAUCCAUACCAUCGAUAACAGCGAACACUACAUCUACAUCGAGAACCAGUUCUUCAUCAGCUGUGCUGAUGGGAAGAACGUGCACAAUGGCAUCGGUGACGCAAUCGUGAAGAGGAUACUACGUGCACACAGUGAGCAGAAGAAGUACAGGGUGUUUGUGGUGGUGCCCCUGCUUCCUGGGUUUGAAGGAGACAUCAGCGAGGGGGGUGGGAAAGCCAUCCAGGCCAUAUUACACUUCACCUACAGGACCAUGUGCCGUGGAGAGUACUCCAUACUGAUGAGACUGAGAGAACUUGAAGACCAGUGGAGCGAGUACAUCACCCUGUGUGGCCUGCGCACACACUCCCAGCUCUCCCAGUCCCUGGUCACAGAGCUCAUCUACGUACACAGCAAGACCCUCAUAGCUGACGACCGCCGCUACAUCAUCGGCUCAGCUAACAUCAAUGACCGCAGUAUGCUGGGGAGCCGGGACAGCGAGCUGGCUGUGCUGGUGGAGGAUGAGGAGAGGAUCCCCUCCAUUAUGGGGGGAGAGGAGUACCAGGCUGGACCCCUCACUCUGGCCCUGCGCAAAGAGUGUUUCAGGGUGCUUUUAGGAGCCGAUUAUGAACCCCAGAUCGACAUCGAUGACCCGAUCAGUGACCUGUUCUUCUUUGUGGGAUGGAACACGACGGCAAAACUGAAUGCUAUGAUUUAUGACAAGGUCUUCCGCUGCCUCCCCUGCAACUCUGUCCACAACAUGAGGGAGCUGAAGGAGCAUUCAGGCCUGGAACGCCUGUGUGACACACACCCCCAGCAGGCUAAAGAGGAGCUGGAGGCCGUCAGGGGGCUACUGGUCCACUUCCCCCUCAACUUCCUGUCUGAGGAGAAUCUGCUCCCCCCACUGGGCAGCAAGGAGGGCAUGGCUCCAACAGAACUCUGGACAUAAGAGUACCAGGCUACCAGCCACAAGGACCAAGAUGACACUGGAAAAGCCCAGUGCAGCAGGAGAGAGCUUUAUAGAUUUGUAUCGCAUUGACCAGAUUCCACUCCAUUGUAAAUCAAAAGAUUGGAACAAAAUGUAUACUCAACUCACCUACACUAACUGAUGUGUCUUUGAAGACUGCAAAUAAAUGCAAGGCAUUUAGGAUGUUUACAUAGAUGUUACAGAGUGAAUUUGAACUCUGUUAAAAUGGAGGAAGAAAAAAUUAAACACUAGAUGAUAAUCUAUACUAAUGCAUUAUGAGCCUUGUAUGUGCUCCAAGUGACUAUGUGACAUAGCUAUUUGAAGGAUUACCACUCUUGUAAUGUUAAAAGCACAUUUUUACGAUGUUGGAUCAUUGCUGUACUCAACUGACCAAAUGUGUUUGUUGAUAUAAUACUGAACCUGAGUAUUUCUUUUUUCAAAGGGCUUAGGUAUGGGUCUGCCAUUAUAGAACACAACAGGAACAGGAUGCCACUGUACGAUAGGCAGGGGGAGGAAUGGAGAUCAGAAUUCAAGAGUCUCAGAUGAUUGAAGAACAUCGAGUACAUGUGUUCUUGCAAGGUUGUGGGUGGAUAGCUCUCCUCUCUCUCUCUGCCUCUCUCUCUCUCUUACCCUCUCAAUGCAGUACCAGCAAAUCUGUCAGAACAUUUGUGGUUGUUAUGGUGAUGGUUACAAAGAGCUGACAAGAAUGUGGCCAAAGAGGAAAGGAGAGCUAAACAGGGGCAGAGUACGAUGAGCUAAACAGGGGCAGAGUACGAUGAGCUGUGGACUGAAUCAAACAGGUUUCUGAAAAGAUUGAAGGUGAUAUGGAAGACAUGGCUGUGAGAGAGAGCCCAUGGCAAAAGGGGAAGAAAAAGGACCAUAAAGAGAGUCAUGAAGUGAAUAGAGGGGAAUGAGGAAAAAGAUAUUCAGGGGGUGCACCUGGCGUGCUUUAAUUGUUGCGUAUUUUUGCUGUCACCAUGGCAACCAAGUACAUUAUUGUUACAUUACUUACCCAGUUGUCUGUGGUCCAGAACAUUCCACUUCAUUUUGAGCUAGGGGAGCAAGGAAAUAGUGUUUCUGUAAAGCACCGUUUCUAAUCUGGGAUGGGAGGAAUCAAGUGACAGGUGAACAAGGAGCAGGGAUGGUCUAUUUUCUGCCAUAGUCUUCCUAUGCAUUUAACAGGUUUAUGUUUCCAUUGAUAGUCUCAUGUGCAUGCUGAAUUCUAGCAUGUUGUCCCUAUCUCAGCAUAAUACAAUUAUUAGGCUUAACCUAUUUAUUUUACCAAGUUAUUUAGACUAACUGAAAUGGUCAUGUUUAUUUAGUGAUACUACUUAAUCUAUCACCACCACUACUACUUCUCCUCUUCCUCUUCCCCCUGCUACUGCUACUGUUUCAUCUGCUAAAUAUGUCUGUGACAAAUAACGUUUGAUUUCAUUUGAUGAUAUUAUGCCUACUACAACUACUACUAAUUUUGUUUUAGAGUUUGGCAUUGGUUUCAUAUUUUCAUUUCACCAAAUAAAAUGUGUAAUUUCUCAACUCUAUCAAUGGUUAUUAUAUUCAUGCAUACUUUAUGCUGAGUCUAAACCCCAUUUAUAGAUGAUAAUGUUAAAGAUUUACUGUCUAUUCACAAACCUGUCUGCCACCUUUUGUAGGCCUACCUUUCACUAUGUUUUAAAACCUUUUAAUGUGCAUCAAAUGUAUGUAUCACUUAAUUAUUAUAACUAUAGCCUCUGCUUUAUUUUUUUUUCAAUGAUCAUGUGUGAGAAUGUAUCUUUGUAACAUUUAAUAAACAUCCUAACAUUUAAACAUUUAAA